AUGCGUCGAAUUGGCGCCGGUGUACAGGUGCGUCUCAACACGCCGAAAGAGCGUCCUUACGCAACUGCCUUUGUGGCUGGUUGGAUGGUUGCUGUUGUAAUUCAGUACUUGCAUCGUGUUUGUCGCUUUCCUGAAUACUUUAGUCUUCAGGCCACCACAAUCUUUGCGACAGACGAGGAAAUCCAGAAAGGCCAGUUGGUUAUUGUCUUCUUCCUAAAUCGUAAAUUGGACGUCCGGCAAGCCGCUGUUGAGACGUUCCUUAAACGUGAGCAUCUGAUCCCGUUCGAUAACGGCGAAGGUGUCAUCCACAUACCGCGCCCAGAAUUUUGGUCUGUGACUGGCGCCCGAGCUACAGGCAGGGUCAACGAGAUGAUCCGCAGCGAGAAGCGAGAAGUGAGACACACACAGAGACUCAUAUGGGAUUUGGAAACUACGCACGCGGAAGAAAGAACGGCAUAUAGCAAGACCCAGGAGCCAGAGUAUUCACUCCCUGAAAAUGAGUAG